AUGGGCCACUGGAUUGUAUUCAUGAUCUAUCCUCAGGAUGGAAAGGCUGUCAUAUUCGACUCCUUGCGCGAAACGAACAAAGAGGGGUACAAGGAUUUCGAAUACUGUCUGCGAUACGCUUAUAGGAAAUACGUGGAGGACCCCGAAUCCUAUGAUCGGAGGUCCGAGAAAAAGAAGCAGAAGUAUGGCACAAAAUUGCGCAUUAGGCGACAAUUCCCGUGCGCCAAGCAACCUGAAGGGUCAGUUCUGUGUGGAUACUAUGCUUGUGACUACCUCAGACGUUGCGGAGAGUACAGCCGCAGCUGGCGACAACUCAAAAAAUCUACGGGAUAUUGGAGAAGGCAAAAGGUGGACAAGACAAUCAUCAAAUAUACAAUAUCUGACAUUUGUAAGUUUGUUACCGACGAAUGUUGUUCUGUUGACGAGAAAGUCUUUAAUCACGAGAGCGAGCUCGCAACGGAGCCGAAGUACAAGAGUCUAUGCAACUGGAGAACCGAGCUCAAAAUGAAAGACUACAAGUUACCGGAUCUCUUUUGAUUUUUGUAAACUUGUGUUAUGAGUGAACUAUGAACUCUGUGAAUGUAAUAUGAACUUUGUGGCAUGCAUGCAUCGAUCGUGGAUAUUCAUAUGAAUGGA